UCUUGCCUUGUCUCUAGAGAUCCUUUCGAGCUGUCCUCAACAAAAUAUCCAUAGCCAGCGAAGCUCACGGUACUGCCUAGAGCUACUGUGUCUAUCUGCGUGUCACUUCACCUUGCUCAACGCCCCCACCCGAACAGUGCAUGAGCGCAUUGUAAACAGCGAGACCGCCCCUCCGCCCUCUCCCAGUUCUACGCCGCCCACUUCAUCAACAACAUGGACUACGAGGCGCUCAAGGACCAGUGGUCGGAGAUUGAGGACCGCGAUGGUAUCCGCCUUUCAUGGAAUACCUUUCCUUCCUCGCGCAUGGAAGCCAGCAGACUGGUUGUCCCCAUCGGCGCUCUAUAUACCCCUCUGAAAGAGAAGGACGAUGGCACGCCGCUGCUGCAAUAUGAGCCCGUCACAUGCAAGCCACCAUGUCGAGCAGUACUCAAUCCUUUCUGCCAGGUAGACAUGCGAGCACGAAUAUGGAUCUGUCCAUUCUGCCUGCAGCGCAACAAUCUCCCACCACACUACAAGGACAUCAGCGAGAAUCAGAUCCCACCUGAACUUCACCCUGGUAGCACCACUAUCGAAUACAGGCUUGCGAGACCUGCGCCUAUGCCCCCCAUCUUCGUGUUUGUCAUUGACACAUGCCAGGAGGAAGACUCGCUCAAGGCGCUUCGGGACAGCAUCAUCACUUGCCUCUCAUACCUUCCACCGCACGCGCUGGUCGGCCUGAUCACAUAUGGAACCAUGGCGCAGGUACACGAGCUGGGAUACACAGAGUGCGCGAAAAGUUAUGUUUUCCGUGGCAACAAGGACUACGGCGCGAAGCAGGUGCAAGAGAUGCUGGGAUUGAGCAUGGCAGCUGGAGCCAGACCAGGAAUGCAGCCACAGCCACAGCCAGGUCGUCCUGCAGUUGCUCCACCAGUCGGUGGUGCCCAGGCUCGAUUCUUGCUCCCAGUGCAGCAAUGCGAAUUCCAGCUCACAAAUGUGCUGGAAAGCCUGCAGAAGGACCCCUGGCCAGUCGCAAAUGACAAGCGUGCCAUUAGAUGCACUGGCGUGGCGCUCUCUGUUGCGACUGGACUUUUGGAGACCAGUUUCCAAAACUCUGGCGCGCGCAUUAUGCUGUUCACAGGUGGUCCAGCUACGGAAGGGCCGGGUAUGGUAGUUGGACCGGAGCUCAAGGAGCAGAUUCGUUCUCAUCACGACAUUGAUCGUGACAAUAUCAAAUACUACAAGAAAGCCUUGAAGUUCUACGACACACUUGCCAAGCGCGUGGCUCACAACGGACAUGUGGUUGAUAUCUUUGCUGGCUGUCUGGAUCAGGUUGGUCUGCUUGAGAUGAAAGGUCUGCCCAAUAGCACUGGAGGUCACAUCAUCUUGACAGAUUCAUUCACCGCCUCCAUGUUCAAGUCUUCAUUCCUGAAGAUAUUUGAUGCGGAUGAAUCUGGUACUCUGGCAAUGGGAUUCAAUGCUUCGAUGGAGGUCUUGACGACGAAAGAGCUAAAGGUUACGGGGCUGAUCGGCCACGCGGUGUCUCUGAACAAGAAAUCCAGCUCAGUUGGUGAGACCGAGUGCGGCAUUGGUAAUACCUGCAGCUGGAAGAUGUGCGGCAUCGAUCCCUCAGCAUCGUACGGUGUAUACUUCGAGAUCGCCAGUCAAGGUGGGCCCGCAGCGCCAAUGCAGCAGGGACCUCAAAAGGGUCUCAUUCAAUUCCUGACAUACUAUCAGCACAGCGGAGGGCAGUAUCAUCUGCGCGUGACCACCGUUGGGCGGAACAUGAGUGGGCCAAGCGGCGACCCAGCCAUUGCACAGUCUUUCGACCAGGAAGCUGCAGCUGUCUUGAUGAGCAGGAUUGCAGUGUUCAAGGCUGAAGUUGACGACGGCCCAGAUGUCCUUCGAUGGGUGGAUCGCAUGCUUAUCAGGCUCUGUUCGCGCUUUGCAGAGUACCGCAAAGACGAUCCAUCGUCCUUCCGCCUCGAGAAGAACUUCACGCUGUAUCCACAAUUCAUGUUCCAUCUGCGUCGAUCACAGUUCUUGCAGGUCUUCAACAACUCGCCCGAUGAGACUGCAUUCUAUCGACAUGUUCUGAACCACGAGGAUGUGUCAAACUCGCUGGUCAUGAUCCAGCCUACUUUGGACUCGUACACAUUCGAUCAAGAAGGAGCAGUACCGGUGUUACUUGACUCGUCCUCGAUCCAACCGACAACAAUUCUGCUUCUCGAUACCUUCUUCCACAUCCUCAUCUUCCACGGUGAGACGAUGGCCGAAUGGCGAAAAGCUGGGUACCAGGACAUGGAAGGUUAUGAGAACUUCAGUGAGCUUCUCGAUGCGCCCAAGCAGGAUGCAAAGGAACUUAUUUCAGAUCGCUUCCCACUUCCACGAUUCAUCGUCUGCGACGCCGGUGGUUCACAGGCCCGUUUCUUGCUCGCCAAGCUCAAUCCAUCAACGACGCAUACUUCAUCAAGCUAUGGUGGGGUUAGUCAGACUGCUCAGACCAUCUUCACAGAUGAUGUUAGCUUGCAGACAUUUAUGGAUCACUUGAUGAAGUUGGCUGUCAGCGGGACUGGAUAGAUACACAUGACUGUUUCGAGCGGACUGUAGUAAUCCCCAGCGUAGCUAGCACAUACUACGGGCAAUCGGGAGUGUAGAAUUCGAUGAUAGCGACGGCGUUUGAAUUGCAGAUGUGAUGCACGUGAAUGAAAGCUAAGGCUGCUGACAGCUAUGUAUCUAGAGCAUCAACAUCAUGAAUGCGAGCGGAAAAAAGUCACAAAAG